CGUAUCGACGGCAGUGUUCCUGGUGAUCAGCGACAAGCGGCCAUCGAUCGUUUUUCUACCCUACCAAUCGAAGAAUCAUUUGUGUUUUUGUUGUGUACAAGAGCGGGUGGUGUCGGAAUCAAUCUGACAGCAGCUGAUACUUGUAUUAUUUUCGACAGUGAUUGGAACCCCCAGAACGACCUUCAGGCUCAGGCACGUUGCCAUCGUAUUGGACAAACAAAGCCAGUACAAAUCUACCGUCUCAUUUGUGCAAAUACCUACGAAAAAGAUAUGUUUGAUCGC